UAGUCUUCUCUCUAAACUAAACCCUUCAACACGUGGAAACUGUAAGUGGACUGUGCAGCCAUGCAGGUGAUUGUGUUGUUCGCCGUGGCCGUGCUGUCUCUGAGCCCGGCGGCAGUGAGCGGAGCCGAGAAGAAGAAGCUGCAGAUCGGCAUCAAGAAGCGAGUGGACAACUGCCCUAUCAAGUCCCGCAAAGGAGACGUGCUGAACAUGCACUACACGGGCAAGCUGGAGGACGGCACGGAGUUUGACAGCAGCAUUCCCCGUGACAGGCCCUUCACCUUCACCCUGGGCACCGGGCAGGUGAUCAAAGGCUGGGACCAGGGCCUGCUGGGCAUGUGCGAGGGCGAGAAGAGGAAGCUGGUCAUCCCCGCCGAGCUGGGCUACGGAGACAGGGGAGCUCCCCCAAAGAUCCCCGGAGGAGCGACGCUCAUCUUCGAAGUGGAGCUGCUCAGCAUCGAGAGGAGAGCCGAGCUUUGAUGAAGAGGAGAUGGCAAACUUUCAAAAAGUUCCAGGAGCUGCUGCAGUAUUACGUGGAGAUCAUCUGACCUCUGAUGAAGACUACAUGGGAAAUCUGGGAAAUCUUUAUCU